GUUUCUCGCGCCGAUUAACCCUAACCGCGAAUGGUAAACUUUUUUCUCUCCACUAAUAACACGCUCUCGCAGCUACGAACGAGGCCCCUAAAAAUGAGGUGAUCUCAACUCUGCCUCUUUAAUAAAGUAAACUCGUACGGUAGGACGCUUCGCGCCGGGGGCGAGGCUGGUGAGGCCCAUGAUUAGUUGCUGGGCGUGCGUCAGCCAGGCGCGAGCGGCGAGCCGCGAAUUUGUCAUUUCCCGUGGCCAGCCGAUACUCUGCUCCCACUUGAGGAAAUGGCACGACAGUUCGCCGAAGAUAUGAAGCGCAAGCAUCAAUUGAAUGAAAUACCUCAAGUUUGGAAGUCAUACUUGUAUCAGCUCCAGCAAAAAGCACCAACACCAAAGAGGAUAGUUUGCAGUAAAGAGGUUCCCAAUCGUCCAGCACACUAUGGAAGAGAGUUCCAUGGCAUGAUCUCGCGUGAAGAAGCAGAGCGCUUGCUCCAGGAAGGUGAUGGCUGCUAUCUCGUCAGGGAAAGCCAGAGAGCUCCAGGACAGUACACCCUGAGUCUGAGGUUCGGCAGCGCGUGCAAGAACUUCCGUCUUUACCACGACGGCAUGCACUACGUGGGGGAGAAGCGCUUCCUGACGCUGCAGGACCUCGUGGCGGACGGCCUGAUCACGAUGUACCUGGAGACUUACGCUGGGGAGUACAUCAACUCGAUGUGCGCCCAGUCGCGCUACGAGGACAGCCCCUACAUGACGCUCCACUCGUACCAGCGCCAGCUGAGGCAGAAGCAGCAGCAGUCCCUGCGCAUGCGCCACCGCCACCAGCAGCAACACAAGGAAGAGCAGCCACAAGCCGCGUCGCAGGAGCAGGAGGCCCACGAGUACGACAAGCCCGACGAGGAGCUUGACUGCCCUCUCCUGGACGGAAUUCCGGAAGACAUCAAUGUUCAGGACUUCGAAAAGCCCCAUGCAUUUAAGGUCAACAACUUCAAGGGCUUACCAUGGUGUGAUUUUUGUGGCAACUUUAUGUGGGGACUCAUUGCUCAGGGAGUUAGAUGUGAAGACUGUGGCUUCAGUGCCCACAAUCGGUGCUCGGAAAAGGUGCCCAAUGACUGUCUACCCGACACCAAGUAUGUCAAGCGCGUGUUUGGAGUGGACCUCACGACUCUGGUGAAAGCCCACAAUACUCCAAGGCCUUUUGUCUUGGACAUGUGCAUCAAGGAGAUUGAGCAGAGGGGUCUAGACACUGAAGGCAUUUACCGUGUCUCUGGGUUCAGCGAUGAAGUUGAAGCUCUGAGGAUGGCUUUUGAGAAAGACGGAGAAGCUGCUCCCCUGAAUGCCUCCACUUAUGAAGACAUUCAUGUUAUAGCUGGGGUUCUGAAACUGUUUCUGAGGUUGCUACCCAUCCCCCUCAUCACCUUUGACAGCUACACAAAGUUCUUCGAUGCCGUCAAGAGCAACAAGGUGGAAGAAAAGCUGGAUGCCAUGAAGGAAGCCGUCAAGUCACUGCCUCCUGCCCACUACCAAUCCCUGAAGUACCUCAUGAGCCAUCUUCAGCGGGUGUCGGAGCACCAGAAGAAGAACCUCAUGUCCCCGAAGAACCUGAGCACGGUGUUCUCUCCAACGGUGAUGCGCACUCCGGACAUCAUGGGCAUGGGGCUGGACCAGAUGAGUGCCUGGCACACAGAGAGUGCCGUCGUGGAGCUGCUCAUCAGCUACAAUCGGACUGUGUUCGUCCAGUAGUCCCCCCUCGCCGCACGCUCGUCGAGAGUGCCUGGAUGGCGUCUCCGCCCGGAUGGUGCCCGGAUGGCGUCUCCGCCCGGCGCGUCCAAAAAAAAAAAAGUGGUCCCUUGAUCCUCGACCGACGAUGUUGUAGAAGCAUCACGCCGACGCUGGCCCUGAUCUCGGCAGCGUCGCGGCGGUGACGGCAGACGUGGCGGACGCCCACGGAGGCAGGAAGCUUCCAGAGGCAACGCAACACCACCAGGAGUGAAGCCGGAAGUGCGGAGGGACACGCCUCCGACGACGACCAAUAGCAAGAACCGGCGUUGUACGAAAAGGCCUUUUCGUCCAAUGGCAUCUCUUGGUUUUGGUCGUCGUCGGGGGCGUGUUCCUCUAUGCUUCCGGCUUCACCUCUGGCGGCGUCGCGUUGCCUCCAGAAGCUUCCUACCUCCGUGCAGACUCCCAUUCUGCUGCAGGCGGUCGCUUUCCAGUUCGACUGACCGCGGAAGCUUCGGUGACUGGGGGUCGGGAUGCCGCAACGAUGGCGACGCUCUCGUUUGCUCAUGCUUCUUGCCGGGUCUUCCACGACCGACUACCGUGAUCACCACGUCUGACGGCGUGACGCUUUUGCGACAUCGUUCGUUGCCACUUUGGGACCAUUUUCGAUGCGUGGGCAGGAUGGGACGCCGGACGUGCCGGUCGGAGACACGUCCAUAGCACCGUAAGCCUCAUGGAAGCAUCGUCCUCCAACCAAAGAGUUCCCUCGUUCUCAGGUCUGUGUCUCUGGUCGUUUUACGGGAAGAACUUACGUGGGACUCGGGAAGAACUUACAUGGGACUCGUUCGUGUGGUUCCAGAAACUGAGAAUCUCCCAAUGUUUGGGCACUUUGUGAACUGAUAUGAUUGGAGCUCCGGUUCCAUGGCGUGCAGUGAAUGGUCUUGUAAAAAGCGACUGAAGGUGGCUCCAUUGACUUGUUCUCCGUAGAUGUUGGUGUCUGUGGCCGGUGAUGCAUAAUGGGAGCUCUGAAACUUUAUAUUGGCAGCAAGAAUGUUGGGGGCCCUUAAAUUUGGCCCAUUUGGCCAUUUGCAAACUUUGUGACAAAAGUGUAACAAAUUUCCUGGUGAAAAAACAAAACAAAAAGCAUGCACCUGUACGACCCAUUUCCCAUAACACCUUAAGGAAGACCCAUGGGAUGAAAGAUUGGAAAAUGAUAGUUUUAUCAGUGUACUUAACAAUUUUAAGUGGUUUGAGAGAACCUCCCAUAUCUCAUAUGCAUGAAAUACACAAAAUAUCAAGGAACACGGCAGCAACAAAAUAUUGUUGCUGCCAUGCUGCGACAGUAGUUUGUGUUUUCUACUUGUUUGAUGUAUUUGAUUAAAAUGUGGUGGACAACCAUAGCCCUACAAAAAUGUAACCAAAAAAAAAAAAAAAAUUUUUAGGUUAGGUGGUGCAAGUUACUGCCAUUAUAUAGGAUAAAGCUGUUAAUAUCCACCUAUCCAUCUAUCAAUGAUCUGUGCGUUUUUGCUAAAAAUUUUGUCACAUGGUUCUUUCAUAUGGUCUUAUGGGCUAUUGUUCAUAUAGGCGCUUGCGGUAUUUUUCCAAUGAGGUAUUGGAGAACUCUGACAAGGUAUGCAGUCAUAGAAGUGUCUGCCUAUGUUACACUUUUUGUAAUGUCAAAUUCAGAGCGUGUUUCAAGAAACAGAUGUUUAACGCUAAACAAUCAUUGACACACAAGACGCACCAUUGGAACAUAUUUGUAAAGUCACCUUUUGUAGUUACUUUUGCACUUGCUUCAUAAAGUGGAAGAUCGCUUUUCACUCUUCAUUUGGUCGCCGCGACUUUGGAGCUUCAAGUUUAAUUAUGUCUGGUACCGAGCCAACUCACCCACACUUAGUUUUGUUUCCCUGAGGUGCCACAUUAAAGGUUUCAGGUUGGUUGUUGUGAAGAUUGCCCUCCUUGUAGGAGUGCUCAUAAUGCAGGUCUAAACCCUUGCACUUGCACUUAGAGCCCUUGCCGUUUGCCAGCGGAUAUAGCUGGAGUGUGGGUGCUGACAAAAAAAAACGGCUGAACUCCCUAUAUGCUAAGGAAAUGCGUCGUAUUGCGAGCACUGCAGCUGACUCGGUUUGUUGUAGCAAAGAGAAAAGUGCCGUCGGAAAUGUCCGCACUAUAGUCACUGGCAGAACGAGAACAGCAGGGUGCGUCUUUUGGAGGCCCAACCUCCGGCACGUGCUCCAUGUCUUCCGCUGUGCUUUGGCUGCGCGCGCACACUCGAGGUGCACUAGACGCCGAAGCAUUGUCGAAGGUAGAAAGCUCACGCCAGGGGUGGGACAACUAAGGUUCCUUUCCGGCGGUCUCGCCUUGCCAGUGACUAACCAAUGUUUUUGGAAAUGGUUAGCACACAGCUCAAGUUUGUGACCUUUGCAGAGAGAGAUAACACCCUUGAGGUGGUCACAAAAAUGGCCAAAGAUUUUUUUUUACAUGCCAAGUAUGUAUUAUCUCAAAAGCACAGCACCCUUUUUUUGUUUCUUCCAGCGUGUUUGCAUUGGCACGUAUGGUUUGUGGGUAACCUUCCCCUUUUGUGGUUAGCCUAAAAAUCUAUUUUAGCUUUGCAGUCAAGGGUACACGUGCGCUCUUGGACAGUGCGGGCUGAAGUUGUCGAAUCCCGGAGAAAAGCUCAGCGGAGAAAAGCUCACCGGAGAAUAGCUCACCGGAGAAAAGCUCACCGGAGAAAAGCUCACCGCAAAACCUGCGGAUGCGGAGAAAAGCUCACCGGCAAUUGAGCGUAAGCGGAGGAAAGCUCACCGAUUUUUUCCCCUCUGUUCAUAUGGAGGCUAUUGGAUCAUGCCUAACAUAUAUCAAUUCAUGAUUAUUACAAUUUAUCAGCUUUAUAAAAAGGAAAAUGUCCUUUUUUGUAAUAUUUGUUAAGCUUAUCGGAUAUAUUGUUUUUCGUGGUUUUCUCUCUAGGUAACGAAAGCCUAACUGAAAACUUUAUGAACCUGGAGAACAGGAAAAAGUUCGGAAACUUAAUAUUGUCUGCCUAAAACCUAAAAAAA